AAUUUCAUAACGGGAGGGAAAGUCCAUGAAUCGUUUUGUUUUUCGUACUUCGAAAUAAAUCCUCGCAAAAAUCUUCCGCAAUUCUUUCAAUGGACUGCAGGGGGCAGCACGUGCAUGUGAAUUUGUAAGCACGCGACGUCAGCAUCGAAGAAGAAGAAGGACCGCUUCUCCGUUUGCUAGCUACUGCUGGGAAGUAGCGACUAAAACAGGAUACUGUCAACAUGAGUUAUGCAGAGAAGCCGGACGACAUAACGAGGGAGGAGUGGAUGGACAAACUGAACAAUGUGCACAUUCAGAGGGCUGAUAUGAACAGGCUCAUCAUGAAUUACCUUGUCACAGAGGGAUUCAAAGAGGCUGCAGAGAAGUUCAGGAUGGAGUCUGGGAUUGAGCCCAGUGUGGACCUGGAUUCACUGGAUGAGCGAAUUAAAAUCAGAGAGAUGAUCCUGAAGGGACAGAUCCAGGAUGCAAUCGCUCUGAUUAACAGUCUUCAUCCUGAGCUGCUCGACACCAACCGUUAUCUCUACUUUCACCUUCAGCAACAGCAUCUUAUUGAGCUGAUUCGUUUGAGGGAGACCGAGGCUGCUCUUGAAUUUGCUCAGUCUCAGUUGGCAGAGCAGGGCGAGGAGAGCCGAGAGUGUCUCACUGAGAUGGAGCGGACACUGGCCCUGCUCGCCUUUGACAACCCGGAAGAGUCACCAUUUGGAGAUCUGCUCAACAUGAUGCAACGGCAAAAGGUAUGGAGCGAGGUGAACCAGUCUGUGUUGGACUAUGAAAACAGAGAAUCCACACCCAAGCUGGCCAAACUUCUGAAGCUCCUGCUUUGGGCUCAAAAUGAACUCGACCAAAAGAAAGUGAAGUAUCCCAAAAUGACCGACCUGAGCAAGGGAACUAUUGAAGACCCCAAAUAAGACCAAUGUUGAACACAGAGAGAACAGAGAGUUACAGAAUGGACACAUUUCCUUUAUCUAUUUAUAUCCCAAGAAACUGACUCAUAAAUCGAUAGUACAACCUUUUUUGUAAGGGUUGUUUUUUUGAUACUUAGGGGUUUAGAAGGUGCAAACUGGAUUGAUGGCAUUUCAAAAAAUACCUUUCACACUAGAUUAACAUGCAGACCUUCCUUAUCAUUUUGCUAUUGUAUGUGUAAAUUUGUAUUUUUUUUCUUUUUGCAUAUUUCAGAUUCACUAGUUUUUCUGUCUGUUGGCAGGGAAAGUUGGCUUAGGAAUGUGUGAAUUAAGCCUAAAUUAGGCUACUUUUUGUGUGACCACUUUGAAUGGGCUCGGAAUGCUGUCCAGGGAAAGUCUGCACUGCUUUUUAAAUGGUUUUCAUCGCUAACACGAGAUAUACUUAUUUCAGCUAAAUGUCAUCAGCUUGUACUUUGCGUGGUAGUCAAACAAAAUAACUCGGAAUGUUUCAACUACUGUGAAGUUCAUCAUGUCACCAUUAUAUGACGGUAAACAAAGUGAAACGGCAAGAUUUAUUAGAGAACGUGUGCUGUGACUGUAUAAGCUUAAAGUCAACAAUAUCAUAAAUGUUAAUAAUAUACAUCUAUAUU